UCCAAAUCGACAAUGACCCCAAGCAUACUUCCAAAGUUGUAGCAAAAUGGCUUAAAGACAACAAAGUCAAGGUAUUGGAGUGGCCAUCACAAAGCCCUGACCUGAAGCCUAUAGAAAAUAUGUGGGCAGAACUGAAAAUGCGUGUGCGAGCAAGGAGGCCUACAAACCUGACUCAUUUACACCAGCUCUGUCAGGAGGAAUGGGACAAAAUUGACCCAACUUAUUGUGGGAAGCUUGUGGAAGGCCACCCAAACCGUUUGACCCAAGUUAAACAAUUUAAAGGCAAUGCUACUAAUUGAUUGUAUGUAAACUUCUGACCCACUGGGAAUGUGAUGAAAGAAAUAAAAGCUGAAAUCAAUAGUUCUCUCUACUAUUAUUCUGACAUUUCACAUUCUUAAAAUAAAGUGGUGAUCCUAGCUAACCUAAGGCAGGGAAUUUUUACUAGGAUUAAAUGUCAGGAAUUGUGAAGAACUGAGUUUAAAUGUAUUUGGCUAAGGUGUAUGUAAACUUCUGCCUUCAACUGUAUGUAUGGCAGGACCAAAUCGGGGAGCAAGCCCAUAUAAUGCUUUGUAGGUUAGCAGUAAAACCUUGAAAUCAACCCUAGCCUUAACAAGAAGCCAGUGUAGAGAGGCUAACACUGGAGUAAUAUGAAUUAUUUUUUGGGUUCUAGUCAAGAUUCUAGUAACCGUGUUUCGCACUACCUGAAGUUUAUAUAGUGCUUUAUCCAGGUAGCUGGAGAGUAGAGCAUUGCAGUAGACUAACCUAGAAGUGACAAAGCAUGGAUUGAUUUUUCUGCAUAAUUUUUGGACAACGUUUCUGAUUUUUGCAAUGUUAUUUAGAUGGAAAAAAGCUGUCAUUGAAAUGUUUGUAGUGUUUGUCAAAAGAGAGAUCAGAGUCCAGAGUAAAGCCACAGUCCUUUCAGUUUUAUUUGAGAUGACUGUACAACCAUCAAGAUUAAUUGUCAGAUCCGGCAUCACCUCUACUUUAUUGCAGACAUGAAAUAAAACAGUUAAAGUAUAAAUAUUGCCAAGUCAUUUUGCUAAGCAAAGACAACGUGAUAUGGGGAGAGUGGGUAGGGGAGGCUGUGUUUUUAUGCCACUCCCCCAACCUUUAACUGAAGAGGUUGUGCUGUCUCAAAACAAAACUAUACACGCCACACUAAGAAGAGCCAACAUCACUGCUGCCUUGCUACUGUAUCAGUCCAGUGUGAAGACUCCACGGGAAGAAGCCAACUUCAAGACUGGCAAACCUGAAGAGGAUGGAGAUUGGUAGGAGCACUGAGAUGUAUCCACCCAAUAUAUGUGGGCGUCACUGUCUGGGGCCCCUGUCCUUCCACAAAGGGGCCUUGGGAACCAAUGUGUGGCUGAGUCUGGGAGGUAGACGUGUGGAGAGGGACAGAGAGACCUUCCAGAAUGGUCUGACUUUCAGCAGUCGUCCAAUCAGGGUCCAGGAGAAGAUACAUCUGCGGGUGGAAUGUUGUGACCAACACUGGCAUGGAGCUCUGCGGCUGGGCUUCACCAUCAUACCCCCCUCCUCCUCUGGGCCCCUCUUCCCUCCUGCUAUGGCUAUCCCUGACCUCACCACCACCUACGGGUACUGGGCAUCCAUCGUGCCCUCCAGCCUCAUCAUCCCAGGUGCAGAGCUCCGCUUCUGGGUGACCCCUCGAGGAAUGCUGGUUUACGAGGGGCCAAAUGGUUUGAGGUACAAGCUACUGAAGGGGGUGGAUGUGACACGCCCCCUGUGGGCCAUGAUAGAUGUCUACGGACAGACCAGAGCUGUGCUCCUAUUGGGUGAGGCACAUGGAUCAGAAAAGAAAGACUUAUUGAAGUUGCAGAUCCGGAGGUCCUGUCCUGUCCCUCCUCCUCCCUCUGUGUCUCAUAGGGACAGCUGCAUGUGUGUGAACGAGGAUCAUCCCUGUCGCACCCCUCAGGACUACAGGCUCUCUGCUGACCCUAUCACUACCACACAGAUAGACCACUCUAUAGAUCGGGACAUCGCUGACGAUUGCGUGGUCUGUCUAUCUGCUAGAGCUUCUGUGGUCCUUCCCUGCGCCCACCGCUGCCUGUGCCUUCGCUGCACCCAGCGGGUCACGGCCGAGUUUGGAAACUGCCCGCUGUGUCGCCAGUCAAUCAGAUACAGCGACGAGGACAGGGGGAUAAAAAAUUGACCAACCGAUGGGGAAAGGAGGGAGAAAAGCAAAGAUGAUCUAAUCAGCAUUAUAUUAGUUCAUAAUAUUGCAAACAUUUCCCUUAUGUUCUUUUUUAGAUCAACUGUCUAUUUUUCACUGUGACUUAUGUUAUAAUGUAGGCAUGUAUACUACAUGUAGGCAUGAAUACUUGAUGAAGAACGUCUCACUGUAGAUGUUUUAUUUGUCAAUGAAUCCAAAUGUAAAUAAAUGCACCCAAAAUGAA